CGGCGACCCAGUUUCUGUCAGAGCUGCUCUGUUUCUGGGGCUCGGCUAGGAAGCGCUCGACAGGGGGCGGCUGUUGUGGUGCCGGGCGUCAGGAUGGCAGAGGCGUUGGAUAUGGGCAAAGACCCCAAUGGGCCCACUCAUUCCUCCACUCUGUUCGUGAGGGGAGACGGGAACCCUCUGUCGUUCUACGUGCGGCCCAGCCCGAUCAAGCGCCGGCUGUCGACGCUGAUCCUCCAUGGCGGCGGCACCGUGUGCCGGGUGCAGGAGCCUGGGGCGGUGCUGCUGGCCCAGCCCGGGGAAGCGCUGGCCGAGGCCUCGGGAGACUUCAUCUCCACACAGUACAUCCUGGACUGCGUGGAGCGCAACGAGAGGCUGGAGCUGGAGGCCUAUCGGCUGGGGGCGGCCUUGGCGGGGGUGCGGGCUCUGGAGACCAAGCCCGGGGCCUCGGGCGAGGGCGCCGCGGAGUCCGAGCCGCAGCCGCCCACCGGGCGGGUCGCCUUCACGGACGCGGACGACGUGGCCAUUCUGACCUACGUGAAGGAACAUGCCCGCUCGCCCAGCUCGGUCACGGGCAACGCUCUGUGGAAAGCGAUGGAGAAGGGCGCGCUCACGCAGCACUCGUGGCAGUCCAUGAAGGACCGCUACCUCAAGCACCUGCGGGGCCAGGAGCACAAGUACCUGCUGGGGGACGCGCCCGUGAGCCCCUCUUCGCAGAAGCUCAAGAGGAAGGCGGAGCAGGACCCGGAGGCUGCGGACAGCGGGGAACCACAAAAUAAGAGAACUCCAGACUUGCCUGAAGAAGAAUGUGGGAAGGAAGAGAGUGGGGAAAAUGAAACAGUCAAAAAAAUACUUGUAGAAAGCACCCGGGACUUUGAGGAAGUUGUGGUGAAUGAGAGCUCUGAUUUUGAAAUACACAUAACUAUGUGUGAUGAUGAUCCUCCCACACCAGAAGACUCAGAAACACAGCCUGAUGAGGAGGAAGAAGAAAAACUUUCGUCACCAGAGGUGGGAGCUGCCAUUAAGAUUAUCCGGCAAUUAAUGGAAAAGUUUAACUUGGAUCUAUCAACAGUUACACAGGCCUUCCUAAAAAAUAGUGGUGAGUUGGAGGCUACUUCCUCCUUUUUAGAGUGUGGUCGGAGAGCAGAUGGAUACCCCAUUUGGUCCCGGCAAGAUGACUUAGAUUUGCAAAAAGAUGAUGAAGCUACCAGAGAUGCAUUAGUCAAAAAAUUUGGUGCUCAGAAUGUAGCUCGGAGGAUUGAAUUCCGAAAGAAAUAAUUAACAAGAUAAUGAGAAAAGAAAAAAUCCUGGCAGAUAAACAGUUGUGACCACUGAACUUUAGAAAGCUCUUACAUUGAAAUUGACACUUAUCUUCUGACCAAUGCGCUAUCAUUCUGUGAGUCUCAGAUUUUGUAGCCAAACAGAGUUAUGUAGGAGGAUAAAAGUCAAAGAAGUUGGAUAUAUUUAGAGUUGUCCUUGACAAGUAUCAUUGUGUUUCUGGGUUUUUUUUCCCCUUUGGUACUGGGGAUUAAACUCAGGACCUUGUGCUUUCGAGUCAGGCGGUGGCACCACUGAGCUAAAUCCCCGGGCAAUCAUUGUGUUUAUGAAAGAAAAAUCUGGUGAACCAGAGAAGUUGAUCUACUAGAUAGUAAUCCUUUGCUGGAAUGGAAGCCCUGCUGUAUUAGAGGCAGGAGCUUAAUGACAGAGUAAAAGGAGGAAAAUUAGGAGGUAUAGAUCUUUUCACACAGCACGAGUAAAGAACCUCUUAUCCUUUGCCAGAAGUUUGUCUAGCUUCUGGUAGAUUUAAAACCAAGAAUCUAGAAAUAUGGAAAUUUGCAAUUAUAAGGCCUUGAACAUGACCUGUCGCAAACCAUCCCAUUUCCCAGUGAGCUCUGGAUUUCUAUAGUGCUUUGAAAAUCUCAUAUUUGCUUUGCUAACUUAGUAUUUGGGGACCCUGUUCUUUAGCUAUUGUUUUCUUGGAGACUUUCUCAGUCAAGUCUCUAGUAUGUGUUUCUUUUUCUUUUUUUU